CCCGCCCUGCUUCCGGUCGUACCGCUCCAGGUACACAGCCCGCCCGAAGCCGCAGUUACUGAUCCGCUCUUGUCAUUGUGUAGGCAGCCGAGGCUCUUCCAUGGACGAGACGCGACACGGUGGUGACGAAGUCAACAGAGAGGACGAGACAGUCAUGGACGAGGCCCAGGGCAGCAUGCUCUCACACAUCAUAUCGCAGCUGCGACCCGGCGCAGACCUCAGUCGAGUGACAUUGCCCACCUUCAUUCUCGAGCCGCGGUCCAUGCUCGAGCGUAUAACAAAUUUCAUGGCACAUCCUGAGACUAUGCUGCCCCUCACCAAGAUCGAGGAUCCAGUGCAGCGAUUUGUCGCCGUGACCAAGUUUUACCUCAGUGGCUGGCACAUCAAACCUCCGGGUGUGAAGAAGCCGCUGAACCCAAUCCUCGGAGAGAUAUUCACCGGAUACUGGGAGUACCCAGACGGUACAAAAGGAUACUAUGUCUCAGAGCAGACGUCACAUCAUCCACCCAAGUCCAGCUACUUCUUCAUGGCUCCAGAGCACCACAUCCGCAUCGAUGGCUGUCUGAAACCCAGGAGUAAGUUCUUGGGCAAUUCCGCUGCAAGUUUAAUGGAGGGCAUUGCUGUCUUGAGAUUGCUCAACACAGGCGAGCGCUUUUUCGUCACACAACCGAACAUGUACGCACGAGGCAUCCUAUUCGGCACAAUGAAGUACGAACUGGGAGACCACGCAUACAUACGGUGUCCAGAAACCGGAAUGUCGGCCGAUCUCGAGUUCAAGACAAGGGGCUACUUCAGUGGCACCUACAACGCAAUUGGCGGCUACAUCAAAGAUGCCAACGGCAAGAACCUCUAUGAGUUUUCGGGGCUCUGGAACGAGGAGAUGUACAUCAAGGAUCUGACUACUGGAAAGAAAGAACUCCUUUUUGAUGCAUCACACGCAAAACACAGCCCGCCACUGGCUCGGCCUCUUGAGGAGCAAGAUGAACGCGAAUCCCAGAGGCUAUGGCACGAUGUCACUGAAGCUGUAAAGCGGAGAGACCAGGAUGUAGCGACUGAUGCAAAGGCAAAGGUUGAGGAAAGACAGCGGGAGGAAGCAGCGAAGCGUAACAGUGAGGGCAUCGACUGGAGUCCACAGUUAUUCCGCAGGGUGCAGGCUGGUCGUGGUGGGCCUGAAGAAGGCGAAGAGGAUUUGGAGUGGAUCAUCAACGCCAAAGUUGAUGGCAAGACUCCCGACGAGUUGGUCAAACAAAUACUGCAAAUCCACGCAAUACUUCCUGGACAGAAACCGGAGCGACAGUUCAAUAUCCCUAUUCGAUCGAGCACUCAGCAUUCCAGCACCGAACCCACUGACCAUCAAUCAAUCCCUCAACAGCCAACACCACAGCAGGCAACCCCUCAGGAAGCCACAUCACCGCAACCUGCUGUGCAGCAGACCGCUUCACAGGACUCUGUACAGCCAACCUCUUUCCAGCCUGUACCGGUACCUGCUUCCCAGAAUCCUCAAGAGGGUGUUGGUCAAUCCAUCAGCGCCGGAGGCGUGGCGCAUCUCGAACCCACUCGAUCAGUCGCGAAGAACACAUUCCCAACCGACCCAACGAAUCCAUCCGUGGUACCCAUGGGAAAGCCAAGAUCACAACCAGAUUUCAUCUCGGACAGCACAAAGGCAAAGCUCGAUGCAGAGCUACCGCCUAGCAAGUUGCUGAACUCGAACCCGGCAAAAGAGCCACACAGGGACGAUAUGCUGCGACGGAAAGACAGCGAGACACACGAGGACGAUGAGUUUGUUGACGCGCAAUCAUAGGUUCAUGUGCGUACAAUUGCUCGUCUCUUCUUUUCUUGUCUUGGACUGCGUGGUUGCAUGCAUAAGAUUGGCUUACAUACCCGUAUUUGAGAUAUCUUAAUGUCAAAAGACUAGUUUGAUUCGUGAUAAAUGC